GCAUCCCCUCCCCUCCCCUACUGUACUCACCGCAUGUUCACCACCAGCUUGUCCUCAGUCCAAAACCUAACAUCCUCUGCGCAGUUGGAGAGGUAAAAGCUCGCAUCGCGCACGUCAAGAAACCAGAGCCGUUUCCUUCAGCGCGUCAGGAGAGGUGGAAUAACCACAGGUAGCUGCAAGAGCUGCUCCCGAGGUUUUGGUCAACAUGCUGGGCUUCUGCGUGUGUCUCUGUGCGGUUUUCACUCAGGUCCUCUCCCAGGAGCCCGAGGAGCCCGUCACCUACUCAUGCACAGAGGGGUACACCUAUGACAAAGUCAAAGAGCAGUGCAGAGACAUUGACGAAUGUGAGCUGUUAGAUGAUGCCUGCAAAGGAGGGAUGAAAUGCAUCAACAACUUCGGGGGAUACCUCUGCCUCCCCAAGAACGCCAUCAUCUACGUCACCGUGGACAGGCCUGAGGAGGGGACGCAGCCUGACCACGCACCUCAAGUCCCCGUCGUCCAACCAAGCCAGCCCCAGGUCUCAAGGGUCCCUCAGCCCACCAUUCGCUGUUCACCAGGUUUUACUGCUGAUGAGCAGAAUUACUGCAGAGACGUAGAUGAAUGUGCAACAAGCAGACACACUUGUGGGCCUGAACAGACGUGCUUUAACACCAGAGGCUCCUACAUGUGCCAGUGUCCUCUCGGCUUCCAGAAAAACGGAGACCGUUGUAUUGACAGAGACGAGUGUGGCCUGAGUCACUACUGCAUGCAUAGAUGUGUGAAUACCCGGGGCUCUUACUACUGCGAGUGCAGCACGGGUUACAGUUUGUCUCAAGACAACCACACCUGUGCUGAUGUCAAUGAGUGUGAGGUGGAGAGCCCUUGUCAGCAUCAUUGCUACAACCUGAUUGGCUCCUUUCUGUGUCAGUGUGACCACGGCUUUGAGUUGGCGGCAGACACGGUGUCCUGCGAAGACAUCGAUGAAUGCAGCUUGUCCAGCUACAUGUGUCAGUAUCAGUGUGUUAACAACCCUGGGAGUUACGCCUGCGAGUGUCCACAAGGAUACCAGCUGCAAGGAAGCAGGAUGUGUCAAGACAUAAAUGAGUGUGAGAUGGGGACCCAGGACUGCCAAGAUGAUGAAAUGUGUUGGAACUAUUACGGAGGCUUCCGCUGUUACCCCAGAAACCCGUGUGAGCCUCCUUACACCCAGACCGCUGAAAAUCGCUGCAUCUGUCGAUCUCAAACCGAGUGCCAGGGUCUCCCACCAUCAAUAGUCUACAAAUACAUGAGCAUCCAGGCGGACCGAACCGUGCCGGCCGACGUAUUCCAGAUUCAGGCCACCUCCGUGUUCGCCAACACGCACAACAACUUCAUGAUUAAAGCAGGGAACGAAGGAGGAGAAUUCUUUCUUCGGCGUUCCAACAAUGUGAGUGCCAUGCUGGUGCUUACCAAGCCUCUGCCAGGACCCAGGGAGUACAUCGUGGACCUGGAGAUGGUCACUCUCCAUCUAACCAUGAACUACCGCACCAGCUCGCUGCUGCGGCUCACCAUCGUUGUGGGGGCUUUUCCUUUCUGAGCAGCACAAGUCCCGGCAGCCCGCAAGAGUCAAACAUAGCAAAUGCCUGCAUCAGCAUAACAUACUUCACGUUUUCACUCUCAUAUAACAUUGGCUGCCUCAGAUUCAAACAUCCG